AUGUCCGCACCUGGCGGUGGUGCCCCCAGCCCUGCGCCGCGCAGUGGCAGCAUCGGCCCCAAUGCCUCUAUGCCGGUGCCUCAACAGCAGCCUAUCGCUGCUAACCCACCGGUAGUCCAUACGCCUACGACUCCUGGUCCCUCGGGGCCUUCGCCUGCGCCUGUUUCGCAGCAGAAUUUGAAUCAGAUUGUCAUCGACUACUUAGCCAAGAAGGGUUACACCAGAACUGAGGCUAUGCUUCGUAUGGAAUCUGCGAGUCAAGAUAUCGACGGCAGAUCUCUACCUCAACUUAACGAAAACCAACGACCAAAGUACAGGAACGGAUUUGACCUACUCAAGAAUUGGAUUGAAGACAAUCUCGACCUUUACAAGCCCGAACUUCGACGAUUACUCUGGCCUCUCUUCGUUUAUUCAUUUUUGGACUUGGCAACCGCUCUCUACCCUCAAGAUGCAGAACAAUUCUUUAGUGCAAAUAAGAAUCUAUUCCUACCCGAGCACAGCGAAGAUAUUCGAUCACUGCAGAAGAUUAGCCUGCCAGAACAUGUCCAGGACAACGCGACCGCAAAGUUAUACCGAGGAAACAAGUACCGCGUUAUCCUAAGCAACCCUGCGUUCUCAAACUUGAUGCAAUUUUUGGAAAGCAAGUCGAAAGAAGGAGGCGCUGUUAUGUCUGCGAUUCUCAGCAGUUACUGCAGUAUCGUCACCAAGGAUCGCGCAGCCGACGAACGCUUCAGUUUCGCAGCAAUGCUGGGUCGUGCUGAUCAGACGACAUUUCCAGCGGAGGAUGAAGGCAUACCUGGGCAUCAUCCUGGAUCUGCCUACACCGGUGAUAACCCUGCUAUGGCCGGUACACUACCCAAAUUGCGACUUGGAAAGCUACCACCAGAACCAGAACUAGAAAGCGAUGUACGCGCUGAGCUUGAAGAACACGAUUCCAAGAACCCACCUGCUCCAGGUCGCAAUACACUUGUUCAAGAGUACGACCAGAUGAUCAAAAAGGAAGAGGAUGAUGAUGCGCCUUCACAUGCUGAGAUUGCAUAUCCUCCAUCGACUGCUCGUGAUGUUGCCAUGGAGGUGCAGCGCGUCAAGGAGAAUCGUGAUCGUUUUCGCAUUGAGGGUCGCACUGGAGGGGUCGGUGUCGCAUGUUCUGUCUGUCUCUUCACGUUUCACAAUACUUAUGAUCGAAUGAUUUGCACCGAUUUUUCUGAUGACAACAUGCUGGUUGCUGCGGGUUUUGAAGACUCGUAUAUCCGAGUUUGGAGCCUUGACGGCAAAGCUAUCAAGGCUACCCACGAAGGUGUAGAAGAGCACACAAGCACACCUUCCAACUCGAAACGUCUCUUUGGUCAUUCGGGGCCUGUUUACGCCGUCAAGUUCGCCCCAUCAGCACAACGGUCAGAAGGUGAAAUGGCCCCAACAAAUGCUCGAUGGCUCCUUUCAUCUUCAGCGGACAAGACCAUCCGACUCUGGUCACUCGACUUGUGGCAAUGCAUGGUUGUAUACAAAGGACAUGAUCAGCCCGUUUGGGAUCUUAGCUGGGGUCCGUUCGGUUAUUACUUUGUGUCUGGUGGCCAUGACAAAACAGCACGAUUGUGGGCCACUGAUCGAAUCCGGCAGCAGCGUAUCUUUGCAGGCCAUGAUCAAGACGUUGAUUGUGUCUGUUUCCAUCCAAACUCUGCAUACGUUUUUACUGGAAGCUCGGAUCGCACAGUUCGUAUGUGGGCUGUGACCACUGGAAAUGCCGUGCGUAUGUUUACCGGUCAUACUGGCAACAUUACAGCUCUUGCCUGCAGUCGCAACGGCAAGCUGCUUGCAUCGGCCGAUGACCACGGAUCUAUCUUCUUGUGGGAUCUAGCACCCGGUCGUCUGUUGAAGCGUAUGCGUGGACAUGGUAAGGGUGGUAUCUGGUCUUUAGACUGGAGCGUGGAGUCUACCGUUCUAGUCUCAUCAGGCGCAGACAAUACUGUGCGUGUAUGGGAUAUCGCACCACCAGCAGCCGAACUAUCAACCAACGCAACACGAUUGGCCACCGAUACUAGCACUGGCGUCAAAGUUGAUACCAAUACGACUUCUUCCGCCGCUCAACCUUCUGCCACGGUAGGACCUGGCGGCAGCAAGAAGAAGGGUAAAGAGAAUGUUGUAACCCCUGACCAGAUCAGUGCUUUCCCCACGAAAAAGAGCCCGGUGUACAAAGUCAAGUUUACAAACAUGAAUUUGAUUGUUGCUGGAGGUGCUUAUCUUCCAUGA